AUGCUGGUCAAUUUGUUUCUGACCCUUCUGGUGUCCUCUGCCAUUGCCACAGACAAAGAAAGUAGUCUACUGAGACUUGAUGAUACAAAAUCUGUAAAGGCCUUCAUCGAUUCUGCUGAGGUGGUGGUCAUUGGAUUCCUGGAGAACGAGGAGAAUCGGGGCUAUAAGGAACUUGUUGCAGCUUCACAGAAAGUCAGCUCUGUCCCUUCAGCUGUUUGCAUGGAGAAGGAAGUGUGGGCUGACUUCAAAAUUGAAUCAGACACCAUCAUUCUCUUCAGAAAAGCAGAUAACAGUAAGGAGGAACUGGUUAUUGCCAAGGCCAAGAAGUUGGAUACUGAUGGACUUGUGAAUUUCAUCUCCGUCAACGAGCUCAGAUACAUCACAGAAUACAACCAGGUGACAGCCGUGGGCCUGUUCAAUUCAGAGGUGAAGGCACACCUCGUCCUCUUUGCCAACAGGGGGAGUAAAGACUUCACAGAGCUCAAGGAGCGACUGGAGGCGCUGGCCCCUGAGUUCACUGGCAAGCUAUUAUUUGUGCUCAUCAAUGGAGGCGUAAAGGCCAAUUACAAGUCUCUCAACUACUUUGGGCUGAAGUCAUCGGACCUGCCUCGAGUUGGGUUAUAUGAUGGGGAUUCAGACAUGAAGUGGCUCCUACCUGAGGGGGAAAUUUCCACAGAGCGUGUGCGGGACUUCUGCCACUCAUUUCUAAAGGGAGAACUGAAGAACGUGAAGCAGGCCGGAGAACAACCCAAAACAGAACUGUAAAACUCAUCACAAAUGUA